AUGAAUAAAAAUCACAAAAACAAAUUCUUACUUUCAGACGAAUUUUUAAGACAAGCAGCAAAACUAAAAAAGUUAUGUCCAGGAAUUCUCGAACUUAAAUUUAAUGAGAACGGAAGUGUCAUUAUAACAAGAAAUAGUUCAAAUCUUGUAAAAAGACCACUUAGAAAUAAAAAAAAUACUUCCAACAUUAAAGAAAAUAUGAAAAUAUCGAUAGAAACCCAAUCCGAACUUGAAAAAUUAAAGCAAGAAAGGAUGCAAAUUUGUACACAAGCAGAUAAGAAUAGCGAAACAAACAGCUCCGUAUUAGAUAAAAUAUUGGAUGAGAUGGGAGGUGAAAAUCAUACAAUAACCUGGAAAAACAUAAAUACACGACUUGAGUCUAUUUUCAGGUAUGAAUACCCUGUAAAACUAUGGAAAGAAAAGGCUGAAAAUACUUUUGGCACCUUUGAAGUACAAUUUAUAAUUUCUUUGAAUGAGAGUAAAAAACGAGUAUCACUCAAAGAGCCAGAGAUUGCAAGAAAGAAAGUGAAACGAGUAAAAAAAAUGUCGACAACAAAAGAGAAAAAAUUCUUAGCAGCAAAUAAUAGCUUGGCACAUAAUGAUGAUGAAAACCCAGUAGAUAAUGACGAAGACCUAACAGAUGAUGAUGAUGAACAAGCAGAUAUUGAAACAUUUCCAGGAUGGAAAACUGUUGCAAAAUUGAUUCUCAAUCCCAAAUCCAAUGUUGAACAUAGUUAUGAUUUAAAAUAUAACAGCCCACAAUUUAAGUUCGGGACGAAGCAGAGGGAAUAUGUUCACAUUGAUUUUGGCAAUAAAUUAGGAUCUGUGAAAGAAGGUUUAAAAACGUGGA